UUAAAUAUUAUUGUAGUUUAAAAAUUAACGUUACAUGUGAAUUCUGAAUGUGAUUUAAGUUUUAAGAAAGCUUUACAAAAUUAAAAUAGUUUUCUUUAUUGACGAUAUGGCUGAAUCUCUUUUUGAUAUUUUCGGCGAUCAUAUAACAAGACAAGCUGUGAAAAAUGUUUCACGGCAGCCGUUAUCUAAUAUUGAAAAUAUGGGGAAAACGGUGUCGUCUGGGCCAAUCAAGCCAAAUGAGCCAUUGAAAAAAGGGGAAAAUAAGAAAUCGUUUCUUUCAAAUACCGGUAAAGCGUUGCAGAGUACUCCUUUACGGAAGGUCUUUACUCCACGGACAAUAAACGUUGGUUCACUUAUAUAUAACGACGCAGACACAAACAUUAAUGACAAAAGCUUCAGUUUUGCUGAGCUGGAAUUCACAAAGCCUUCAUAUAAAUAUGAUAAUUAUCACAAAGAUCUUUUGGACUUUCUUCCUAUACCGGAGCCAGAAAUAAUGAAUUCAGUUUCUCCACCAAAUACACCCCCUCCUAUAAUCAAAAACCACAGCUUGGAAUUUGAUUAUUCCUAUCAGGACGAGUUCUUUACAGAUGAUUUUUCAAAUGAGAGUAUUCCAGACGACGAUCUUGGCCUUCCUGAUAUUUUCUAAAUAUAGUGGUGUAAUUAUUGUGUUAGCUUGUUAUGAUAUUUAUAAUAAACAAACGGCUUUUAUUAUUUUAGUAAUUUAAUUCCUUAAUUAUAAUAUAACAAUGUUACAUAUUUACAUUAGGUUUAAAUAUAACUUAAAUAUAUGAUAACAUUUUUGUAUGAGAUGAGUUUUGUUUUAUAAAAAGCUAUGUAUUGCCUUUAACAGAAUUGAUCGUUCAGAAGCUUUACACAUAAGUUCAACAGCUUUAUAUGAACAGUAUUUUUUUUAUUAAAUAAAUGUUUUGUAACAAA